CGGCAGACCAAAGUACGAACGGGUAUAAAAAAGAGGAAAGUCGAUGAAUACAUCUCAGUCAUUGGCAGAAACCAAGACAGACAAAUCAGCAAGGCUGCAGCAUUGAACAGAACAAUGAAGUUGUUGGUCUUGGCUUUAACCGUCACCCUGCUGUUUACAGCUGGUGAAGCCCUGAACUGCCACCGGUGUGUCCCAAGACACGCUGGAGAAACCUGUGAGCUUUCUGUAGAAACCUGUAAACCAGGGAAGGAUGGCUGUGCUGCUGCCAAGUUCCUCAGAGCACCAUAUGGCCAAUACCAGAAAUGCAUGGCUCUGUCAGACUGCACCAUGCUGAAGCUGAAUGCCUACAUCGAUAUAAAGUGCUGUGGCGACGACAUGUGCAACACCUUAUAAAGUUCAAUGUAAAAACCAAAGAAAAUGACUGUAUCUUGGAGUAUGUUUGAGCAAGGCACUAAAAACCAAUGACUCCUGCAUGUAUUCUAAGUGGCUACUUCUUUAGGACAAACAAAAUAAGUCAUUUCUCUGAACAAAUAAAAAAGUUAGAACAAGA